AUGCCCUCCUCACUCUAUGUCCCCUUUCUCCUGGCGGGGAUGAUCAUUACGGGCUCCAGCAAUUCGCUUUGGAGUAAAUGGCAGGAUAUGCAAUGUGUGGAGAAUUGCUCGGAUCCAAAUCCAGCAAACCGUGUGCUCUAUGAGCAGCCAGUUUGGCAGACUCUGCAGAUGUUUCUCGGAGAGAUGCUCUGCUUUCUACCCGUUAUUUACACGUGGUUGAGAACAAGAUCACAGCAAGCCCCAGUUCACUUGCCGUCUGAUUCCGAAGGAGAACCUCUGGUACCAAAUAAGGCUGAGGCUCAAUCGGAGCACUUGUCGGGAUCAAAGGUCUUACUCCUCUGGAUCCCGGCUCUGUGUGAUCUCACUGGUACAACCUUGAUGAAUGUGGGGUUGUUGUACACCCCAGUCUCUAUCUAUCAGAUGACCCGCGGCGCCCUCGUUUUGUUUGUUGGGAUACUUAGCGUCAUCUUCCUCCACCGCCGCCUUUGGUUGUACCAAUGGGUCUCCCUGAUUACCGUUAUGACGGGCGUAUGUUUGGUUGGACUUAGCGGCUUCUUCAAAGGCCAUGAGGGCGAAGAUGCGCUCAUUGACACCCUUCUUCCUGCUUCCUUAGCGCAUGUUCGCAGGGCCUACCUGUCGCCCGAAGCAGAGGCCUCAAAGGUUCUUGUUGGACGGUAUUCUGUCGCCCCAUUGGUUGCGGUCGGCUAUGAAGGAUUGUUCGGUGCUAUCACCAUUUUACUCUUCUUCCCCAUCCUUGCGAUACCAUCUGUCGCUGCCAAGUCUACAUUUUUCGAUCUUCCUCGAGGAUGGCACCAGAUGGUCGAUACGCCCACCGUUCUUUAUUCUGGCAUAGCGAUUGCUUGCAGUAUUGCCCUCUUCAACUUCUUCGGGCUCAGUGUGACUCGUCACGUUAGCGCGACUGCCCGAAGCUUAACAGAUACCUGCAGGACGCUAUCUAUCUGGCUCAUUAGCUUAGGACUUGGAUGGGAGAGGUUCAUCUGGCCUAUCUCUAUGUUGCAAGUCCUCGGGUUCUCUCUUCUUGUUUAUGGGACAUUCUUGUUCAAUAACUUGGUCAGCCCGCCACCCUGUCUUCCAGGCCCUCGCCCAUCAUCAGCAGACGAUGCCAGGACGGAUGCAGAAGAAGAGCAAGGCCUUCUCUCUUCCACGCUGGAUGAGACGGCCGCACUUCCCACUGACCUUGGGCAAAGCGGUUUUGACGUAGUUCCUGAAGGUCAACAUGCUCUCGCUCAGGGCAAAGUAGUCUCCCCUCGAUCUGAGUAA